GAGGGAAGGGGUGUGCCAUUAUAAGAAGCCUCAGAGGAGGCACGCGUUUAGUUGUUGAAACCCUGAGCCUAAGGAUACGAGCUGAGCCACCAAACUCUCCCAGUGCCUGCAGAAGGGAGGACUCAGAGAAAUCCUUACGUCACUGUUACAGGCUGGAGCCAAAUCCCACAGGCAUUGCCUCCCAGCAGAUUCUUCAGCUGCUGACUCCUAGUGUAAGACUCUGCUCCCUGCUAGGUCCUUGUCCGUCCCUGCCUGCCUGGCUGUGCUGAGCAUGAAGAUCCCUGUGUGGUGCCUGGUGGUUCUGCUGGGAUGUCUCUUCACCCCUGCACGCUGUGACUGUCAGGGGGAAUGCGUGGCCUGCGGGCUGCUCUUACAGCGGCAGCAGCUGGAAGAAGCCUUUGAUACCAUAGUGUGUCUGUUGGAGUGUGAGGGUCACGUCUCCACUUCACUAACAUGGGAAGGGUGCAAACAGGCUGUAAAACUGUCGCACCAUCCUACACUAGCUGAGGGGGGCGCUCUGUUCAAGAGAGCAGGAGAGGAGCUGGACCUGACCUCUCUUGACCUGAAUGGUGACAGGGAAGUGCUGCUGUCUGCAGCAGCUAAGAAGCUCCAGGAGGAAGAUCAGGAUGAGACAGCUUGGGAUAAGCACAGCAUCCAGUAUGACUCAUCGCUGCUGGGAUCCUCAGAGGAGGGGGAGAGCCUGCAGGGUCUGGAUCUCAGUGUGACAGAUGAAGAGGCGAAGGAGAGAGAGGAGAAGGGCUCUGAGAGUGACGGUCAACUAGAAGGGGAGCAGGAUGACAGCCCUGAGGGGGUCACCUUAUUCAAGCGCUUUGGUGGUUUUCAGAGGGGCCGCCACGGAUACAGGAAGCUGAUUGGCUCACCCAUGAGAGCCCUACAAAAGCGCUACGGUGGGUUCAUCGGGGUCCGGAAAUCUGCCCGUAAAUGGAACAGUCAAAAACGGGUGAACCAGCUGCUCAGGCAGUACCUGGGCAUGAGGAGCAACCGCAGCGGCCGGCUCAGCAGCCUCCCUAUGAACCGGGUCUGGAGGCAAAACAAACUGUGAGGUGUUUCUGUUGCCCCGGUUACCUCAGCUCAUCCACCUUUUAGUUCUCAGCAGGUCUCUCAGUUUGAACUGUGAUGUCAGCAUCGUGAUCAGAACAACAGACUCUCAUCUCUCCAAACCUCUCUUUGUGUCCCUAAGUAACAGAGAAUGUUUUGAUGUCCCUCCUAAUAAACUCAUCUACAUGCCAUUCUGUGAAAUAAAAAAAUUAGAGAAGUGCAAUUGAAUAUAUUUUUGUGUGUCGAUAUAAUAAAAAGGGGCCAAAUGACACUGAAAAA